AUGAAACCUGACCUUGAGACAUAUCCGCUUGGAGACCUUGUCAAGGAGUUUCGCAGCUCGGAUCUAAGCUUGAAACCAGCCGACCUCACAGAAAUAUCUGGUUGUCAAUAUGUCGCAUCGUACAACUGGCUCGACGACGAAGUACCUACCAUCGUCAUUCCAGGCAAACCUCCUCAAUGGACACCACUUCAUGUACCACAGCGCUUGAAGGAAGACAGCGGACAAUACUUCCGUGACCCCAACGCCGCUAAAUAUCCCAACUAUCCAAUGGCACCUGUCGUGCAUGCCAUUGUGGAGACCAACCCUGAGUUCGACGCGGCGAGCACCGAUCUUUUCGCAUGUGGGAGCACUCUCGGUAACCUCCUGCGCUUCACCCGCGGUAUCGACAAAGCUUUCCGUUUCAACGUAGAGGUCAUCGGUGAAACUGUGUUCUUCGUACGAAAGGAAAAUGACCCUAAAGAGGUCAUCAAAGACAUCAGAGGCUUCGGUCAUACUUUUCCAGAGGCAUACACCACAUGGGAGCACAGUGUUAAAGGUUCUGAAACUCACCAACGCAUCAUACGAUAUAAGUUUGGAGGCUUGAAUUGCCUUGUACGUUUCGAGAGCGAUGGCUACAUCCGAGAGACUCCAGCAGUCAACGAUACUGCACCUGCGAAGACUGCUGUGAACCAACAUGAUCUUCUUCAAGCACUCCAAGAAACAGCUAUCAGCCAGCCAUCCAAUACUACAAUCAGCAAGCCGGAUGCAGUGAAGAUCAAACAUGGCGGGUCCGCAGUAUCACAGCAAUCUAUAUUCGACCUGAAAACGCGCUCAGGCAAGCACAAGAGAGACAUCGAUAUGAGUGACAUCUACCCGGCAAUAUGGAUCAAACAGAUAUCCAACUUUAUCGUCGCCUAUCACGAUGGCGCUGGUCUCUUCGAAGACAUACGUGUGCAAGAUGUCAAAAACGAUGUACAAGCCUGGGCCAGGGAUAAUAGGGACGCCAUUCGCCGCUUUGCCACACUUCUCGACAAGAUUGUUGACAUCGCCAGGAGCAAUGCGAGCAAGUUGCUCGAAGUGUAUUGCUCCGGAACGGAUCGAUUGGAGAUCCGAGUCCAGUACGGAGACGGCGUGCACGCGUUGCCUGCGGACUUGGUAGACCGGUGGGAGAAGAUUGAGACGAGUAUUAUCUCUACCCAUGAUGAUGCUUCCGACGAAUUCGAAUAUGAUGACGGCGGUAUCGGCAUCGAUGACAGAUAUGACCCCGACAUGGACUCCGACGAUGCGGGGACAGAGCCAGACUAUACUGCUUGUUCCGCUGACGAUUGUGGCUACUGUGGAAAGUGCACAUAUUGA